AUGGGCAGUGCGAUCCCCGUGUGUCGUCAGGCGCAGACCAACCUGGAGGUGUGUCUGUACCGCUUCCUGUGGAGCCCGGACACGGAGGCGGUGCUGGUCGCCAUGUCCUGCUUCAGGCACUUGUGCGAGGAGGCCGACAUCCGCAGCGCCGCAGACGAGGUCCCGGUCCAGAACAUUCUCCCCAACUACCCCACCUUCAGCGAGCUCGCCUCCGUCAGCAACAUGAUGGGCACCGGCCGAUCGACGUUACAGAAGAGAGUCAUGGCUUUGUUACGGAGAGUGGAACAUCCCACACCGGGAAACAUCGAUGCCUGGGAGGGCACGUACACCAAGUGGGACCAAGUCACCAAACAGAUCCUCAACUUCCCCAAAAACAAAGCAGACGACGGACAGCAGGAGUGGAUCAACAUGACCGGCUUCCUGUGUGCUCUGGGGGGAGUGUGUCUGCAGCAUAGGAGCACCCCGGGCCCCGUCACCUACAGCCCCCCCAUGGGCCCCAUGUCGGAGCGCAAACACUCCAUGAUCUCCAUGGGCCUCUGCGACGGCUCCCUCGGCCUCAGCUCCUCCUGCUCCUCCAACGCCUCAAACGCCUCCAACGAGAGCCCCGUCAGCAGGUUCCUGGACCGGCUGCUGGCCCUGCUGGUUUGUGGACACGACAGAGUGGGACUUCACGUCAGGAACAACGUGAAGGAUCUUCUGGGGAUGGAGCUGAGUCCGGCUCUCUACCCUCUGCUCUUCAAUAAACUGAGGAACAGCAUCGGCAAGUUCUUCGACACACAGGGACCGUUUCAUAUGGAGAGAGAGGCUGGAGUGUGGGGAGAGAGAGGCCGGAGUGUGGGGGGAGAGAGAGAGGCCGGAGUGUGGGGGGAGAGAGAGGCCGGAGUGUGGGGGGAGAGAGAGGCCGGAGUGUGGGGGGAGAGAGAGGCCGGAGUGGGGGGGAGAGCCGGAGUGUGGGGGGAGAGAGAGGCCGGAGUGUGGGGGGAGAGAGAGGCCGGAGUGUGGGGGGAGAGAGAGGCCGGAGUGUGGGGGGAGAGAGAGGCCGGAGUGUGGGGGGAGAGAGAGGCCGGAGUGUGGGGGGAGAGAGAGGCCGGAGUGUGGGGGGAGAGAGAGGCCGGAGUGUGGGGGGAGAGAGAGGCCGGAGUGUGGGGGGAGAGAGAGGCCGGAGUGUGGGGGGAGAGAGAGGCCGGAGUGUGGGGGGAGAGAGAGGAGGGCCGGAGUGUGGGGGGAGGAGAGAGAGAGGCCGGAGUGUGGGGGGAGAGAGAGGCCGGAGUGUGGGGGGAGAGAGAGGCCGGAGUGUGGGGGGAGAGAGAGGCCGGAGUGUGGGGGGAGAGAGAGGCCGGAGUGUGGGGGGAGAGAGAGGCCGGAGUGUGGGGGGAGAGAGAGGCCGGAGUGUGGGGGGAGAGAGAGGCCGGAGUGUGGGGGGAGAGAGAGGCCGGAGUGUGGGGGGAGAGAGAGGCCGGAGUGUGGGGGGAGAGAGAGGCCGGAGUGUGGGGGGAGAGAGAGGCCGGAGUGUGGGGGGAGAGAGAGGCCGGAGUGUGGGGGGAGAGAGAGGCCGGAGUGUGGGGGGAGAGAGAGGCCGGAGUGUGGGGGGAGAGAGAGGCCGGAGUGUGGGGGGGGGGAGAGAGAGGCCGGAGUGUGGGGGGAGAGAGAGGCCGGAGUGUGGGGGGAGAGAGAGGCCGGAGUGUGGGGGGAGAGAGAGGCCGGAGUGUGGGGGGAGAGAGAGGCCGGAGUGUGGGGGGAGAGAGAGGCCGGAGUGUGGGGGGAGAGAGAGGCCGGAGUGUGGGGGGAGAGAGAGGCCGGAGUGUGGGGGGAGAGAGAGGCCGGAGUGUGGGGGGAGAGAGAGGCCGGAGUGUGGGGGGAGAGAGAGGCCGGAGUGUGGGGGGAGAGAGAGGCCGGAGCGUGGGGGGAGAGAGAGGCCGGAGCGUGGGGGGAGAGAGAGGCCGGAGCGUGGGGGGAGAGAGAGGCCGGAGCGUGGGGGGAGAGAGAGGCCGGAGCGUGGGGGGAGAGAGAGGCCGGAGCGUGGGGGGAGAGAGAGGCCGGAGCGUGGGGGGAGAGAGAGAGAGGCCGGAGCGUGGGGGGAGAGAGGCCGGAGCGUGGGGGGAGAGAGGGCCGGAGCGUGGGGGGAGAGAGAGGCCGGAGCGUGGGGGGAGAGAGAGGCCGGAGCGUGGGGGGAGAGAGAGGCCGGAGCGUGGGGGGAGAGAGAGGCCGGAGCGUGGGGGGAGAGAGAGAGGCCGGAGCGUGAGGGGGGAGAGAGAGGCCGGAGCGUGGGGGGGAGAGAGGCCGGAGCGUGGGGGGGGAGAGAGGCCGGAGCGUGGGGGGGGAGAGAGGCCGGAGCGUGGGGGGGGGGGAGAGAGGCCGGAGCGUGGGGGGGGGAGAGAGGCCGGAGCGUGGGGGGGGAGAGAGGCCGGAGCGUGGGGGGGGGCGAGCGUGGGGGGGGAGAUAGAGGCCGGAGCGUGGGGGGAGAUAGAGGCCGGAGCGUGGGGGGAGAUAGAGGCCGGAGCGUGGGGGGAGAGAGAGGCCGGAGCGUGGGGGGAGAGAGAGGCCGGAGCGUGGGGGGAGAGAGGCCGGAGCGUGGGGGGGAGAGGCCGGAGCGUGGGGGGAGAGAGGCCGGAGCGUGGGGGGGGAGAGGGUGGGGGGAGAGAGGCCGGAGCGUGGGGGGGGAGAGGGUGGGGGGAGAGAGGGCGGAGCGUGGGGGGGGAGAGGGUUCCCAUCAACGACACCAACACUCAGUUUGUAGAGCAGACCAUCGCCAUCAUGAAGAACCUCCUGGACAACCACACAGACGGCAGCUCCGAGCACCUGGGCCAGGCCAGCAUCGAGACCAUGAUGCUCAACCUCGUCAGAUACGUGAGGAUUCUGGGAAAUGUAAUCCACGCCAUUCAGAUCAAAACCAAACUGUGCCAGCUGGUGGAGGUGAUGAUGGAGCGACGGGACGACCUCUCCUUCUGCCAAGAGAUGAAGUUCAGGAACAAAAUGGUGGAGUAUCUGACCGACUGGGUCAUGGGGACGUCCAAUCAGGCGGCCGACGACGACAUCAAGUGCCUGACCAGGGACUUGGACCAGGCCAGUAUGGAGGCGGUGGUGUCCCUGCUGGCGGGGUUACCUCUGCAGCCAGAGGAGGGCGACGGCGUGGAGCUGAUGGAGGCCAAAUCCCAACUCUUCCUCAAGUACUUCACCCUCUUCAUGAACCUGCUGAACGACUGCUCGGAGGUGGAGGAUGACGGACAGGCGGUGGGCGGGCGGAAGCGAGGGAUGUCCCGGCGCCUGGCCUCCCUCCGUCACUGCACCGUCCUCGCCAUGUCCAACCUGCUCAACGCCAACGUGGACAGCGGCCUCAUGCACUCCAUCGGCCUGGGGUACCACAAAGACCUCCAGACCAGAGCCACCUUCAUGGAGGUCCUGACGAAGAUCCUGCAGCAGGGCACGGAGUUCGACACGCUGGCAGAGACCGUCCUGGCCGACCGCUUCGAGAGGCUGGUGGAGCUGGUGACCAUGAUGGGAGACCAGGGGGAGCUGCCCAUCGCCAUGGCGCUGGCCAACGUGGUGCCCGGCUCUCAGUGGGACGAGUUGGCCCGGGUCCUGGUCACGCUGUUUGACUCCCGCCACCUUCUCUAUCAGCUGCUCUGGAACAUGUUUUCUAAAGAGGUGGAGCUCGCAGACUCCAUGCAGACGCUGUUCAGAGGAAACAGCCUGGCCAGCAAGAUCAUGACCUUCUGCUUCAAGGUAAACCUCCGCUUAACCACGACUCUCACCGCUCUGGCCAGUCUCACCUCUCUGGCCAGUCUCACCUCUCUGGCCAGUCUCAGCUCUCUGGCCAGUCUCAGCUCUCUGGCCAGUCUCACCGCUCUGGCCAGUCUCAGCUCUCUGGCCAGUCUCACCGCUCUGGCCAGUCUCACCUCUCUGGCCAGUCUCAGCUCUGGCCAGUCUCACCGCUCUGGCCAUCUCACCGCUCUGGCCGCUCUGGCCAGUCUCACCGCUCUGGCCAGUCUCACCUCUCUGGCCAGUCUCACCUCUCUGGCCAGUCUCACCGCUCUGGCCAGUCUCACCGCUCUGGCCGCUCUGGCCAGUCUCACCGCUCUGGCCAGUCUCACCUCUCUGGCCGCUCUGGCCAGUCUCACCGCUCUGGCCAGUCUCAGCUCUCUGGCCAGUCUCACCGCUCUGGCCAGUCUCACCUCUCUGGCCAGUCUCACCUCUCUGGCCAGUCUCACCUCUCUGGCCAGUCUCACCUCUCUGGCCAGUCUCACCUCUCUGGCCAGUCUCACCUCUCUGGCCAGUCUCACAUCUCUGGCCAGUCUCACAUCUCUGGCCAGUCUCAGCUCUCUGGCCAGUCUCACCGCUCUGGCCAGUCUCACCGCUCUGGCCAUCUCAGCUCUGGCCAGUCUCACCGCUCUGGCCAGUCUCACCGCUCUGGCCAGUCUCACCUCUCUGGCCAGUCUCACCUCUCUGGCCAGUCUCACCUCUCUGGCCAGUCUCACCUCUCUGGCCAGUCUCACCUCUCUGGCCAGUCUCACCGCUCUGGCCAGUCUCACCGCUCUGGCCGCUCUGGCCAGUCUCACCGCUCUGGCCAGUCUCACCUCUCUGGCCGCUCUGGCCAGUCUCACCGCUCUGGCCAGUCUCAGCUCUCUGGCCAGUCUCACCGCUCUGGCCAGUCUCACCGCUCUGGCCAGUCUCACCUCUCUGGCCAGUCUCACCUCUCUGGCCAGUCUCACCUCUCUGGCCAGUCUCACCUCUCUGGCCAGUCUCACCUCUCUGGCCAGUCUCACCUCUCUGGCCAGUCUCACCUCUCUGGCCAGUCUCACAUCUCUGGCCAGUCUCACAUCUCUGGCCAGUCUCAGCUCUCUGGCCAGUCUCACCGCUCUGGCCAGUCUCACCGCUCUGGCCAGUCUCACCUCUCUGGCCAGUCUCACCUCUCUGGCCAGUCUCAGCUCUCUGGCCAGUCUCAGCUCUCUGGCCAGUCUCAGCUCUCUGGCCAGUCUCAGCUCUCUGGCCAGUCUCAGCUCUCUGGCCAGUCUCAGCUCUCUGGCCAGUCUCAGCUCUCUGGCCAGUCUCAGCUCUCUGGCCAGUCUCAGCUCUCUGGCCAGUCUCAGCUCUCUGGCCAGUCUCAGCUCUCUGGCCAGUCUCAGCUCUCUGGCCAGUCUCAGCUCUCUGGCCAGUCUCAGCUCUGGCCACUCUCUGGCCAGUCUCAGCUCUCUGGCCAGUCUCAGCUCUCUGGCCAGUCUCAGCUCUCUGGCCAGUCUCACCUCUCUGGCCAGUCUCACCUCUCUGGCCAGUCUCACCUCUCUGGCCAGUCUCAGCUCUCUGGCCAGUCUCACCGCUCUGGCCAGUCUCACCGCUCUGGCCAGUCUCAGCUCUCUGGCCAGUCUCACCGCUCUGGCCAGUCUCACCUCUCUGGCCAGUCUCAGCUCUGGCCAGUCUCACCGCUCUGGCCAGUCUCACCGCUCUGGCCAUCUCAGUCUCAGCUCUCUGGCCAGUCUCAGCUCUCUGGCCAGUCUCAGCUCUCUGGCCAGUCUCAGCUCUCUGGCCAGUCUCAGCUCUCUGGCCAGUCUCAGCUCUCUGGCCAGUCUCAGCUCUCUGGCCAGUCUCAGCUCUCUGGCCAGUCUCAGCUCUCUGGCCAGUCUCAGCUCUCUGGCCAGUCUCACCUCUCUGGCCAGUCUCAGCUCUCUGACCAGUCUCAGCUCUCUGACCAGUCUCACCGCUCUGGCCAGUCUCACCGCUCUGGCCAGUCUCACCUCUCUGGCCAGUCUCACCUCUCUGGCCAGUCUCACCGCUCUGGCCAGUCUCACCGCUCUGGCCGCUCUGGCCAGUCUCACCGCUCUGGCCAGUCUCACCUCUCUGGCCGCUCUGGCCAGUCUCACCUCUCUGGCCGUCCUGGCCAGUCUCACAUCUCUGGCCAGUCUCAGCUCUCUGGCCAGUCUCACCGCUCUGGCCAGUCUCACCGCUCUGGCCAGUCUCACCGCUCUGGCCAGUCUCACCUCUCUGGCCAGUCUCACCUCUCUGGCCAGUCUCAGCUCUGGCCAGUCUCACCGCUCUGGCCAGUCUCACCGCUCUGGCCAUCUCAGCUCUCUGGCCAGUCUCACCGCUCUGGCCAGUCUCACCGCUCUGGCCAGUCUCACCGCUCUGGCCAGUCUCACCUCUCUGGCCAGUCUCACCUCUCUGGCCAGUCUCACCUCUCUGGCCAGUCUCACCUCUCUGGCCAGUCUCACCCCUGGUGUUUACGGAGCGGCGUAUCUGCAGAAACUCCUGGAGCCACUUCUACGAGGCGUCAUCACCACACCUGAACACAUCAGCUUUGAGGUCGACCCCACCAGGCUGGACCAGGGGGAGAACCUGGACGAGAACCAGAGGAACCUCCUGCAGAUCACCGAGCGCUUCUUCCAGGCCAUAAUCGGGUCGUCCAGCGAGUUCCCGCCUCAGCUCCGCAGCGUCUGCCACUGUCUCUACCAGGCUACUUGCCACUCGCUACUGAAUAAAGCUACCGUAAAAGAAAAAAAGGAAAACAAAAAAGCAGUAGUCAGUCAGCGCUUCCCUCAGAACAGCAUCGGCGCCGUGGGCAGUGCCAUGUUUUUGAGGUUUGUCAAUCCGGCCAUCGUGUCGCCGUACGAAGCCGGGAUUCUGGACAAGAAGCCUCAACCGCGGAUCGAGCGGGGACUCAAGCUCAUGUCAAAGGUCAGAGACACGUUUAAGGCUUUUGAGUUUAACUGA